AUGAUUGAUUACAGGCAUCGGCCUCGAAGACCUCAAGAACACAAGACAUGGCCAGAAGCAAAGAACUCGUCCCUGGUAUCGGACGCCUCUCCCGCUCCCAGGUCUUUGCCAAACGCGGCCUCUUCAAGGGCCCCAAAAAAUCAGACAAGCCCGCCGUCGAACCCCCCGCCGAGUUUGUCGAGAAGACCAUUGGUGGCGAGAAGAACGGUGACCACAAAAGCCCCUCGAUUCUACCCCGCUGAGGAUGUUCGCCAACCCAAGAAAAGCCGCAAGUCCCCUAAAGCACCUUCCCUGCGCUCCUCCAUUACCCCCGGUACCGUUGUUAUUCUACUGGCCGGACGCUACCGAGGGAAGCGCGUUGUCUUCCUGAAGCAACUCGCCAGUGGAUUGUUGCUCGUUACCGGCCCUUACAAGGUCAACGGUGUGCCUCUGCGUCGAGUCAACCAGGCCUACGUUAUUGCGACAUCCACUAAGGUCGACAUCUCGGGCGUCAAGGUUGACGACAAGUUCGAUGAUGCCUACUUUUCCAAGCCAUCGACGAAGACAGCCUCCUCAGCAGAGGAGGAAUUCUUCGAGGAGGGCAAGCCCAAGGCGAAGGAACCUUUCCCCGAGUCGAAAGCCGCCGACCAGAAGGCCGUCGACUCCGCCAUCCUUGCCGCCGUCAAGGGCACAGAAUCUCUCUCCAAGUAUCUCAAGGCUAGCUGGGGGCUGUCGAAGGGUCAAUUCCCUCAUCAGUUGGUGUUCUAA